AUGAGCCCGGUCUGUAAUCCUGUCUCCUCUCUCAGCUUCACAAUGUUCCAGCUGCUCCCGGGUCAGCACCAGCCCGCUGGACACCGAGGCCGCAAGACCCGCCUGGUCACCAAGGAUGGCCACUGCAACAUUGAGUUCGGCAACAUAGAGUACAGCAACCACUUUGCCUUCCUGGUGGACUUCUGGACCACCUUUGUGGAGAUCCGCUGGCGCUUCGUCCUCCUGCUGUUUGUGGCCGCCUUCACGGGCAGCUGGUUCCUCUUCAGCCUGCUCUGGUACUGGAUCGCAAAGACCAACGGGGAUCUGACGGAGCAGAACCGCACAGAGGAGCACAUUCAGUGCGUAGACAAUGUUAACGGCCUGACUACGGCAUUCCUGUACUCCCUAGAGACCCAGACCACCAUUGGGUACGGUGGGCGGGCCCUGACGGGCCACUGUGCGGGAACAGUGGCUCUGAUCAUCGUCCAGUCUCUGGUGGGAGUCUUCAUCAACUGCUUCAUGUGUGGGGUCAUCCUAGCCAAGAUCUCCUUACCCAAAAAGAGGGCAAAGACUGUCAGCUUCAGCAGGACAGCAGUCAUCUGCUUAAAGAAAGGAAGUCUGUGUCUGCUGCUGAGAGUGGCCAACCUCCGAAAGACCUUGUUGAUUGGAAGUCAGAUCUAUGGGAAGCUGCUGAGGACCACAGCCACUCCGGAUGGUGGGACCAUCAUCCUGGAUCAGGUGGACGUUGACUUCAUGGUUGACGCUGGCAAGGACAACUUGUUCUUUGUGUGUCCUCUGACCCUCUACCACAUGAUCAAUAAGUCCAGUCCGUUCUACGAGCUGUCCGCCGACACCCUCCCCCAGCAGGACUUUGAGCUGGUGGUCUUCCUGGACGGUACAGCCGAAUCCACCAGCUCUUCCUGCCAGGUCCGGACCUCCUACACCCCACAGGAAAUCCAGUGGGGCUACAGCUUCCUUCCCAUCAUUUCCCACACCAAGACAGGGAAGUACUGUGUGGAUUUCUCAAACUUUUCCAAGAGUGUGCGGGUCUCUACGCCACACUGUGUCCGCUGCUUCGAGUCGGACGCAGACCAGAGAAACCACAACAGCCACAACACGGAGGGCCACAGCGACCAGCUCAAACUGGGCAUCGACAACCUCGGCUUCCAGGUGAUCGACAUCCACGACUCUGUGGAUGUCACCAAGAUGUGA